AUGCGCCGAGCGCAGACGGCGAAACGGCGGCCAGAGAUAAAAAUAGAAACACGAAUGACGGUGAUAAUAAUGAUGAAGAUGAACGCGAGAAAAGAGAAAGGGACCGGAGUCGUGCAACGUGAAGCUCAAGCCCCAAUGCGUCUCAAAGUCGAACAAAUAGAAAACAAAGGUCCAGUGUGUGGUAGGGAGAAAGGGGACAAGAAGGAGAGCGGCAAGGGGCCCGAGGAGGAAAAAAGAGGGGCAAAAAGAUGGACGAGAGGCCUGAAAGAUUCCGAGCGACUGGCCAAUCCCAACGAAGGGACGAUCGCAGAGGUGUGCCAUCCUUCUAAAGAAAGAAAUAACUGUGAUUGGCCAGUUCUAGAGAAAAAGGACCUGAGACGGCGUAACCCAGCACCGGUCAGAAACGCCAUUAUUAAAUCCCUAUUUAAGAUAAGUAAUUGGAAGAGACGCGGCGUUAAAUUUCUCACCCCCAAUCUGUUUUUUGGCAACCUCAAAAAUGCCGUGUUAUUCCGUUCCCCACCGUUAUGGCACAUCGGCGACUUACACAAGAUGGCUCCUCCGAACGCGCCAUUUAUUGGUUUUUACAUCUUUCAUAAGCCGUGUCUACUAUUACGGGAUCCAGAAAUAAUUAAACAAAUCAUGAUCAAAGACUUCGAUACUUUCACCGAUCGCUACUUUGCUGGCUUCCAUCAGAAGGACAGUAUGGGCAUGAAAAAUUUGUUUGGCAUAAAGAAUCCGACCUGGAAAUAUGUGCGGUCUAAGAUCAACCCUACUUUAACGAAGAGCAAGUUGAAAAAUAUGUUUCCAUUGAUGAUAGAGAUUACAGAGCCAAUGAUGAAAUAUAUAAACGAUCAACUAAAUAAUCAAGAAACUGUAAAAGUGUUGGAUGCUCAAAAUAUUUAUUAUAAGUGUACAACUGAUCUGAUCGCUUCAAUAGCGCUCGGUACUAAAAUAGACUCUUUUUAUCAUCCAAACGAAUUUACGGAUGCAAAUACUUUUUUUUAUUUAAAGUAACUAAUUAAAGAUUAGUCUUAUUUGACCAUAUCUGAAUCUUUGUACUAUUUUUUAAUAAUUUUAUUUAUGAUGAAAUAUCUGGAAGAUCAACUGGUUAAUCAGGAAACAAUGUUAGAUGUUCAAGAUAUUUAUUACAAAUAUUAGUUAAUCAGGAAACAGUGUUAGACGUUCAAAAUAUUUAUUACAAAUUAUAUGUUAAAUAUGUAUUAUAUUUAUAAAAUUUCAAUAUUGAUCACU